UUGAUCCUAACAAUCAUCUUAUUGACCUUAGCACAUUUUAAAUUCCUCAACUAAUCUUGUCAGCACUAGCUCCAACACCCCUCUCCCAUACCAUGCUAUACUACUUAAAUAGUGUGGCACCCCCAGAUCCUUCCUUAUAGCCUUAUUUAUAAUCCUUUCUAGCCUCUCUACCACUGUUAUUGGGACCUCAUUCACCAUCAGUGGCCAUCUAAUGCGAGGCAGCAGGCCAUACUUCAGACACCACAAUUUAAAUUUACCUAGUAGGUAUGAUUUCUCCAUACUGUUAAUAGUCUUUAUCAGUUCUGUCUUUAGCCCCACAACCUGCUCUUUAUUAUUAUUGAUUUCAUAUUAAGGCUUCAGACACACUUUAAAAUCUCAUAUAACAUUACUGUUUUACUGUAACUCUAGCAUGCCGAUAUUCAAUUUCGAGCAAGCUAAUUAAUGGGAGAUAUCGAUGAAGUUUCAAUUCCUCAAUUAAAUUUUCAUUGUCCAUGGACGGUUCAACUUCUUCGGCAGUGGCUGCAGGCAUGCUAUUAACGUUAAUGUCAGCUGUAGCGGGGUACUUGGCUUUCAGGCUAUUAAAUAUGGUACACUCUCUUUAUAGAUCUAUUUUGCGUUUGACCAGAUGUUUCCUCAGAUGUUACCAUGGCCAGCUUUGCAUUUAAGGUUAUAAAUAUUGCUGAGAAUGUUAUAUUAUUCAAAAUAUGAUUGACGCCGCUUUUGGCGUUGCAUUAGAACCGAAAGUUGGCACCAGUUGAUUUGACGUGAAUUGGUACUUGAUGGUUCUAACAUAAUUUGGUUUGUACCCAACCUUAUUUGAGAGAGGCAUGCACAAUGUGUACAAUUUGUAACCAUGCCCUAGAUGUAUUGAUAAUGUCACAGUAAUGAAAUGCCACAGUAAUUUUAAUUCAGGAGUCUUAAUACGCUGCGUUUUUUUCUCUGUGCCAGAUUUAACAGACAAUUUUAUAACCACGGUAAAGCUAAGGCAAAGGUUUAUUUUUUUUUUAUUAUUAUUUUUUUUUAUUAUUAUUAUUUAACAAACAAAAAAACAGAAACAUGUUUCCAGCCGUAGUCGACAUUGACAUGUUAACAAUUUGAUACUUUAAAACUCCAGAAUUUGUCAUGUAAUUCUCUGUGAAAUAUAUUUAUAAUGCAAUAAAGACUUGCUCAUCGUUAGGUAACAUUUAGCCUCAUCAUCAGUAGCGUUUUAAGUCAGAGUGGAAAAUAUUUUUAAAUAAUCAGGUUAAUGGUAAGACCACUUCAUCCUUGUGGUUAUUGCUCAUUUUACCCAAGUACUGCUUUAAUAAUAAAUGUUGGCUAGCUGCUUGGCGUGUACUUGGUCCAUUACUUGCCAUACUCGUAACUGGCAGAGUCCAAAUCCUAAUGAAUAUUAUGUAAAAUGUGUUAUGCAAAUCUUUCUAUAACGGUGUAUUUUAUAGUACUCUGAGGCCAUAUCAGAGGAGAUGGCUUUGUCAGUUUUGAUCAGCAAGCUGUAGUGAAACUUCAUGAAAUAGGCCUCAACUGUUGCACAUCAACUGACAAAUUUUGUAGCCUAAAAAGACAUCAUUCAAAUUACAUGAAAAACUAGUAGUGGAUGAACUUUUGAAAUGUAUUAUUUUUGUUCUUUCCUGCUUGUAACUUAAGUUCCACCACAGCAUAACUCUAACAGUCUGUAGAAGAACUUGAAUUAGUAACAUAUAAAAAGAUUUUAGGUUACGCUUCUAAGGUGGUUGUAAACCUAGGGCAUUGUAAAGUUCCAUUCCUCUGUUUGCACGGAAGGUGUAGUUGGACUUAUCUUCACCUUUUACAUAUUUUGGCACUUCAUUCUUAGUUUCUUUCUCCCUUACUCUGAGGGAAAAAAAAACAAUUUUUGAACCACUGCUAAUUUCACCUGGAAUCAUACUGAAAAAUAAUGUAUUAAAAAUGAUCAAAACUAAACAUAUCUUAGUCCUGUAACAGUAUGGAGCAGGCAUAUUGGAAAACGACCAUCACUUCCUUAGUUUAAAAGUUAGGUUAUGCUGGAAGUUAUGUACAUGAUGUCAUUCCAAUUUGAACGUAAAUAUGUAAAUGCACACUUCAUGCUGUUUAACAAACUUUAUUUAGUAAUGAAAUUGUCUUAAUAUUGUUUAAUGUAUGUUAAAAAAUGAAGAUUCGGUUGAGAAGAAAUGGUUUUCAAUUCUUGGCAGCUACAUUAGCUUUGUAUCUCCAGUGCAAAAGUAAUAAAUAAAAUGUCUGAUACCCAGCAUGUACAGGCUAAUAGUUUACAUUGGGAGUAAAUGGAAAAUAUUCUAAAUGAGAUUUUUUGCUAAACCAUUCAUUAACCUCUUGUUAGCUGCUAUUCUGGUUUAAAUAUUACUUCUGUUAAUGGAUCACUAGUUUGUAUCUCUGAUCAUAAACUUAUUGAAGCCACUGCUAGCAUCUUAGUCACUCGGCCAUGCACUAAAUCCCUCAUCUCUUUCUGUAAUAUCAAAGCUGUUGACCCUCUCACUUUCUCUGCUCACCACUACUCCUCUCCCCUGAUGUCUUUUUCAAAGCUUUCAUCUCCUGAUGAUAUUCUCUCUAUAAAUAAUGUUUCCAUCUCUGAUUGUAGCACCUCUCAAGGCCAGGCAGGUUCCCUCUGGUCGUUCUUCUCCAUGGUUUACCCCUGAGUUCUGUAUCUCGAAAACCAAAGGUUGGCGCCUUGAGUGCCUCUAAGAGAACUGGUCUCACUGUUCAUAAAGUAGCCUAUUCCGACCAUAUGUUUAUAGGUCAGCUCUAAAUACUGCCACUCAUACUUUAUUUCCUCUGUUAUCAUUUGUUUUGGACAUGAGACCAAAACACACUUUUCCACUAUUAAUCAGGUCCUUCACCCUCCAUCUUCCUCUCCAUCUGGUACUGUUGAACAAUGUGAAGGUUUUCUUAGAGACUUUACAGAAAAAAUAACAAAUUACUAACACAGUUCUUGAAUGGUUCUCAUCCUAUAUUUUAAAUAGAACAUUAUAUAUUGUUUUAGGUAAACAAAAUCGCACACUGUUACCAUCACUCAAGGUGUUCCCCAAGGAUCUGUUCUUGGCCUUCUCCUGUUCAUUAUCUAUAUGCUACCCUUUGGUCAGAUUAUCUGCAGGCAUGGUCUUCAUUUCUACUGUUAUGCGGAUAACACUCAGAUCUAUAUUAACACCAAGGCUAACACUACCCUACCACCUCCUGUUUUACUCUCCUGUAUCCAAGAUCUCAAGCAGUAGAUGAACAUAAACUUCUUGAAACUCAAUUCUGAUAAAAUUUCUACUUAUUGGCCCAAAAUUCUCUAAUCUUAAAUUAUAUCUGGAUGGUAUCUUGAUUAGCUCCUCAUCCAAGGUUAGGAACCUUUAGACUACUCUGACUCCUCUCUCUUUGGAACCCCACAUCAAGUUCCUGGUCAAAAAUGCCUUUUUUCACCUCUGUAAUAUUGCUAGGCAUUGACCCAUGUUCUCCACACAUGAUGCUGAGACCUUGGUUUAUGCCUUCAUCACCUCCUAUCCUGAUUACUGUAACUCUCUUCAUUAGCAUCCCUAACAAAGCCAUCCGUUCACUUCAAUAUCUCCAAAACUCAGCCGCAAGAAUCCUCCUUCGUAUAAGGAAAUCAGUCCACAUCAUUCCUAGUCUACAUCAGCUACACUGGCUCCCCAUCCCUGAACACUUUCAGUUCAAAAUCCUCCUCCUUACAUUCAAAGCUCUGCAACGGUCUUGCACCUCCCUAACUAGCUUAACUCUUUACAACCCUUACUUCCCCACCCGUAAAACUUCGGUCCUCUAAUGCAGGUCCUCCUUUCCAUCCCCAAGUUUAUACUGGUGUCUGUAGGAGGCAGAUCCUUUAGUGUCAUGGCCCCAAAACUAUGGAACACUAUUUCAAUCUCUGUUUCUGCUCCACACUCCUUCAAAUCUCAUCUUAAAACAUAUCUCUUUUCCCAACACUUUUCAUAACUUCUUUUCUUAUCUGUAUCUGUUAGUGUUGUCUCAAUUUUUUUUUUUUUCCUCCUCCAUAACUGUCGUUGUUGUUAUUAAUCAUCAGAUAUCACUUUUUCUGGUGGUAUGGCUAUGUUUUUGUUGUUUGGUUUGUUUUUAAGUCAUUGAGUGUGUUUACAUGCACUUAAUAAUCCAAUUACUGCAGAAAAUCAGAUUUUGUCAGUAAUCUGAUCAAUGCAUUUACAUUUUCAGAUUUCUACUUUGCAACCAACCAAUAAUUUCACAGAAUGAUGUGAUGUAAACUUCAAACAUCCUGCCAUGGCUUUUUGGUAAACAUGGCUCAGCUUUACUGGCAAAUAUGUAUCUUUGCCUACUAAUGGUUACUAAUACUGUGCAGUUAAAAAUUUUAAUUUCCCUAAGCAUGUACUGCAUUUCAGAGUCUCCCCAAAAGUGUUUAAUAACCAUUUCACGGGCCCUGUGUUUAAUUCUGCUAACUGCUUCCGGGACAGCUCCGGUUAUGUUUGCAAGCAUGUGCAGCCUGAGAAAUCCACAAGAAAUCACAGUACAGGUAUAUAGGCACAGAAAAAUCUCAUUACUGAGCUAAAAAUCUAGCUCUCUUAAUCGGAUUUCUUAAUUUGAUUUCUGGGCCAUACCCCGAUUAAAUUAUGAUUUUUUUUUUUUUCCCCAGACACAUCCCAUAUAUAAAUAGCUGUUUAAUAGUUUUGAAGCGUUGUGUGAUGAGGUUUGUAUAGAGUGCCUGAAAUGGAACUGGAAAAUGAAAUGGACUUGGACACCUCUUGAUGACAGCAUCAAAACAAUGUGUAAAAGGAAAGCUUUAUCACGUGAUGGAAGACCACACAGUACAUCAAACGGAACACAUGACCACCAUCGAGGCCCAUGCUGUAUCUCAACAGGUGCAUGUGGCUACAUACACAGAGCACAGUAUGCUAAGUGCUGAUGACGACUCACCUUCCUCACCUGAUGAUGACACCUAUGAUGACUCUGACAUUCUAAACUCAGCCGGAACAGAUGAGGUUACAGCACAUCUGGCUGCUGCAGGACCAGUUGGCAUGGCAGCAGCUGCUGCUGUGGCAACAGGAAAAAAACGCAAAAGACCGCACAUCUUUGAGUCAAAUCCAUCAAUACGUAAAAGACAACAGACUCGCCUGCUCAGAAAGCUGAGAGCUACACUGGAUGAAUAUACAACAAGAGUUGGCCAGCAGGCAAUUGUUCUUUGCAUCUCCCCCUCAAAGCCCAAUGCUGUGUUUAAGGUCUUUGGUGCUGCUCCACUUGAGAAUGUGGUCAGGAAGUACAAGAGUAUGAUUCUUGAGGACUUGGAAAAUGCCUUGGCUGAGCACGCACCCCCUGGUGGUGGGGACCUGAGCUCUGAACUCCCUCCACUUACCAUUGAUGGUAUUCCAGUGUCUGUGGACAAAAUGACACAGGCCCAGCUGCGAGCUUUUAUUCCUGAGAUGCUGAAGUACUCAACGGGCCGGGGGAAGCCUGGCUGGGGUAAGGAGAGCUGCAAGCCGGUCUGGUGGCCAGAGGACAUUCCCUGGGCUAAUGUGCGAAGUGAUGUACGCACAGAGGACCAGAAACAGCGGGUGUCAUGGACGCAGGCCCUGAGGACUAUUGUUAAGAACUGCUACAAGCAGCAUGGUAGAGAGGAUCUACUCUAUGCUUUUGAGGACCAGCAGGUCAACCCUCAACAGGUUGCUGCAGCAGCUACACAUAGCAUUGCACAUUUAGUGCCCUCACAAACAGUGGUACAGACGAUCAGCAAUCCUGAUGGAACUGUCUCACUUAUACAGGUGGGCACUGGAGCAACUGUCGCCACACUCACUGAUGCAUCAGAAUUGCCAGGCACCGUUACUGUUGCCCAGGUCAACUAUUCAACAGUGACAGAUGGGGAGGUUGAGCAGAACUGGGCAACACUGCAGGGAGGUGAGAUGACUAUCCAAACCACACAGGCGUCUGAGGCCACUCAAGCAGUGGCUUCCUUAGCAGAGGCUGCUGUUGCUGCUUCCCAGGAGAUACAGCCAGGAGCAACAGUCACCAUGGCGCUUAAUAGUGAGGCAGCCGCCCAUGCAGUGGCAACGCUGGCAGAGGCUACGCUUCAGGGAGGUGGGCAGAUCGUUCUGGCAGGAGAGACAGCAGCUGCAGUAGGAGCUCUGACUGGAGUGCAAGAUGCCAAUGGUUUAGUCCAGAUUCCAGUCAGUAUGUAUCAGACUGUAGUUACCAGUUUGGCCCAAGGAAGUCGGCCUGUUCAGGUUGCCAUGGCUCCUGUUGCCACACGCAUUGACAACACUGUAACGUUGGAUGGACAGGCUGUCGAGGUUGUGACAUUAGAGCAGUGACAAUAUGUGGGGUAGGAAGUUCUGCUCUUCCAUAAAGUGAAGCAACCACUGAGCGGUCUUCACAUGUGUAUAGUGAAAAAUUUAUAUUUUUAACAUCUGCAGGGGAUGAAGUUAUGAAGUUAUCAUUUUGUUGUUUACUUUGUAAAGAUGUUUUUGUUUCAUUUUUAUUAAUGUGAUAUGUUGCCUUUUUUUUCCCCUUCUGUUUUCUAGUAAAAUAAAUGGACCAAAUUCAGUGUGGCAACAGCAGUACCUUAAUAACACGUUUUUGUUUUUUGGUUUUUUUGGAGGGGGGGGGGGGUUUCUGCAUUGUUAAUAUUGGUCUCUUUAGCCCCUUUAAUUAUUUUUUAAGAUGUUUGAUUUUCUCUCGUACAUAUUCUGACUUCCAUAGAACUUAUUUGUGCCAUGUUCACAUACAUUUAUUUUUUUUUAAUGUUUCAGAUUCUGUGUGAUUUCCUUGCUUAACGAUACAACUGAUCUAGGUCACCAAAUGCAAGUCUUCAUUUUCACAAAGCUUACAGUAAUGUCUGAAUGUAUCACAAACUAAUCUCUAAUCUAAAAAGUACUGUCUCUGAAUUACAAUUUAAUAGGCCAUUUUUAUUGAAUUCUGAAUUCUUGAAUUGAAAUAAUAUGGGAUAUGAAUCUGAAAUAAUUAGAAAUUUGAAGUUAAGUUUGAUUUACAAAUUUUAAAUCAUUUUCCAACUAUUUUGAAUUUAUACCAAAUAGCAAAAAUGAUCAUUUUACAGCAGUUGAAUUCUUGUGUGUAAAGAAUCUACUGAUGAAGAUUGUUGUGUGCAAAGAAUCUACUGAUGUUAUUUGUAUGUUUAUCAUACUAGACAGUAGGACAUCCUAUAUUGCAGAUUGCAGUUUGUCAUAGAGCUCUCAUGAAUUUAUUGAAACAAAUGAACAUAACGCACUGCAGUUUUUUAAGAUGUAUAUUGGCAAUAUAAAGACAUCAGUAACUUUUUUUUUUUGCUAGGUCAACAGUGUAAUAAUUAAAAAUGCUUUAAAGAUGUUUUCUAAAAUAAAUUAAUGUAGAAAAAAAUGUUUGCAACUGAAAAAAAAUGUAAAAAAAGAAAAAGAAAAAUACUACUAUUAAUCUGACACAUGCAGAAUAUAAUCUUUGGCAGUCUUGGAAUUAAAAGGCUACUCUUCACAAAUUGAAGAAAUGCUUUUCAUUUUUUUGACAUUGCUUCUUUAUAUCAUAAGGAAUUUUACUUUUAUUUUUUUUCUUUCGACUAAAGAUGGAUCUAGUAACUUGUACCAAGAAAGGCAAAAUGCAGUGCAACAGUCCCCACUAACAUCAAAGCAAUCAUAGAUAGCUCCUUCUUUCUCAUUUAGAACUAGGAUCUAUCUUUACCUUUCUUUAUCUAUUAAGCGAUGAUGGCUCCUAUAACAUUACAAAACAUGAUCCUCCCUGCCAUGCUAAAGCCUAUAAUUAAAGCUAGUUUGUGGAAAAUGGAAAAAAACAUAAGUUCAAUAAUUCAGAUUUUCACUUUGAAAUUUUAUAAAGUUUAUAAAUGCAUUAGCACAUCUUAAUAAAAAAAAUUACUGAGGUUAGCUGUAGAGAUGGCAAAGUUAUUUACAUAGUUGAGGUUUCCAUGUCAGUGAUUCUCAGGUAAUUGCAUCUGGCAAGACAUAACACACAUGCAUUACUAGUUCUAGUACCUUAGAAACGUACAUUUUCUGAGGUUGGAACCUUCCUAUAACCUUGUUCUAUCUGAGUUCUUUGCCAGACUGUUUAAGAUGGAUUGAGAACUACAAUACUAUUUAGAUUUGGAUAGAGCUGUAAUCCCAGUAUACAAGUACAUCUCAAAUUGAUGAUAUUGACCAAUUAUUUUUUCUUUUAAAUAAUAAAUGUCACUUAAAUGUUAAAUAAUAAAAUAAUACCCUUCCAUUUUGCCCAAGUGCAUAAACAUAGUCCUGUACUAAAUUACACAAGAAUCUUAUUCUCAAUUAAAUUCACUUAUGGAAAAUGCUAAGAAUGUGGAUUAGCGUUUGUUUUUGUGUUGUUGUUUUUAAUUUAUUAGAACAAAAUCCAUAACCACAAAGAAUCAAAAUAACAGGAGUUCUGUUUCAGAAUCAUGUUGGGGUUUUUUUGUUUGUUUGUUUUUUUUGUUGUUGUUUCUUUUGCUGCUCCUAUAUUGUAACUGACAAAAAUGGCUUAUACCUAGUGCCUCAUACCUGAAGAGUUGUUCAUAAAUGGCAUAUAUUGGAUAAGUUGUGUAACAUUUGAUAUUGCUUUGCAGUGACAAAACAGCAUAAUAUGGAAUAAAUUAUUGUUAGUUUUUGCAGUUCAUUGCAUUGCUUGCUAUAUACAUAUUUUAACAUGGUAAAAUGAAACAAUUGUUCUUUUUUCCCUAUUCUAUGCGUUUAACAUUAUGUAAUUACUUCAAAACACUGAAAGUCUCACGUAUGUAAGAAGACUGCCAUUAGCACUGAAAGACUGUUCACUGGAGUGGCUUGUGCUGCUGUGUCAUUAGGGGAAUGUAGGGCAGGAGUAUUGAUUGUAUUAAGGCCUGGAGACACUAAGCUGUUUUGGGUUUUUUUGUUGUUGUUUGUUUGUUUUUUUGGGGGGGGGAGACUGGGUGUAUGAGUGCCUCAUAACCUGAAAAGACAUGAAAACAGGGCAGUUGUUUAUUAUUAAUAAAAAAUAAGAAAGAAAACUG